AUGUUCAUCGACAUCGACGCAGAUGGAGUCACCAACAGCGCAGACGUUGCGCGCGAUCUUCUCGAUGUAUUGCCUGAUGAACUUCUACUCCAGCUUUUCGAGACGCUGGGUCGUAUGUCGAAACGCGACUUGUGCAACGUGUCGCGGUUGAACAAGCGCUAUCAUCGCCUUGGUGAUGCUGUGCUGUACAAGAGCGUCUUGUUCGAAACACCAGAAUUGCACCUCACUUUCAGCGAGUCUCUGGGCCGUCGACCACGACGCGGAUCGGCCAUCUAUGAAGUGAAGUUGGCGUACCCAUCGUCAGAGCUGGCUCAGCUGGCCCUCGAUGCCCCGUUCCGCAACCACUACGACCCGUCGCAUUCGCUGUCAAGAAUGUCAAAUUUAAUGAAGCUGGACAUAUCUUUGCCGGACAAGCUGCUUCACGGCAUUGGGUGCCUCUUCAAUGGGCCAUUCGACCUAGCCUGCCUCAAGACGUGCACACUCUUCUACCAAUGCGCCGACGACCAGUACUGGGAUCUACGCGAGAACAUCCACAUCUUCGCUCAUCCCGAACUUGAGAGUCUUACCAUCCGGAGAGCGAAACUAGACGACCGGGGGUUCGACUCGCUCGAGCGUCCUCACGAGACAGCUUUGAAGAAACUGCGCCUGAUCGAAUGCGAUAUUAGCGACGAUACAUUGUCCGAUGUGCUUGAGUUUCCCAUAGGCCUGGAAGAAUUCGUCAUGACACAGCUUGAAGAGCCGGAGCCCGAGUUGGAAGAAAGCUCUGACAGCUUCAGCGACUAUAUCAUCGCGCUCAGCUCACAAGCACACUCGCUAAAGAGCAUCACUAUUGACUUCCCAACCUUAGGCUGUCGCAAAACAUUACGACUCAGAGAAUUCGAGGCACUCAAGGAGCUACGUAUGAACUGGGACUAUCAGCUCUUUGGCAAGUCGUCCAAGAAGCCUCGCCUGCAUUCGGUUGGCCUUCCUCCCGAGCUCGAGGUCCUCGAGUUCUUUAAUGAACUAGGCAGGGACGAAGAAGUGACAGACCUCCUUUUGAGCAUGCUUCAGAACAAGGCUGUCGUCGCACGAACACUAAAGAAGAUAAUUGUUGUCGAGGGCAACGACAAAGUGUUGAAAGAAGUAAAGAGCGCCUGCAAAGAUCAAAACCUAGAAUUAGACAUCAUUGGAGAACUAGACGUAGAGUCAGACUAG